GUAAAGGCUAAGCCUUUGAUGGCGUUGCUGCAGAUUCAUUGACUCAAAUCCAAAACUAAGAAGCACGAACCUACUUUGAUUCGUACGAUUAUGGCGAUUACGGCGACUAAAUUGGUUUCUCUUACUCUCUUAUGGAUCCUCGUCCUCUUCGUCACACUUGCUCUCAUUCAGAUUAAAUUGACUGAUGUUGCGGAUCCUAGUGUCAGUGAGCAGCAGAUUGUUGAUUCUAAGCUCAAUCAGAUUUUUGAGGUGGGAGAGGAUUUAGAAGGAGUCACGCACAAAGUUUACUUUGACAUUCAGAUCAAUGGUUCACCAGCAGGACGCAUUCUCAUCGGUCUGUUUGGGAAGAUAGUUCCUAAAACUGCAGAGAACUUUCGAGCACUUUGCACGGUUUAUCCUCCCGGUGCAGGAGAGAAAGGAGUUGGAAACAUGGGGAAACCUCUUUAUUUCAAAGGAAGCAUCUUCCAUAGGAUCAUUCCUGGCUUCAUGAUUCAGGGUGGAGAUUUUACACGAGGCGAUGGGCGAGGUGGAGAGUCGAUCUAUGGCCAUAAAUUUGCAGAUGAGAACUUUAAACUCAAACACACUGGGCCAGGAAUUUUAUCAAUGGCAAACUCAGGAACAGAUUCUAACGGUUCACAGUUCUUCAUCACAACAGUCACCACGAGUUGGUUGGACGGACAUCACGUUGUGUUUGGGAAGGUAUUGUCUGGCAUGGAAGUAGUGCGCAAGAUCGAAGCGCAGGGACAAGAUAGUGGAGAGCCCAAAGGAAAAGUCAUUAUUUUUGCUAGUGGAGAAGCUUCUUUGUAAUAUCGUCUACAAGUUUUCUUUCUUUUGUAUCUCUCUGUCUGAUUUUUUUAAACUUCAUCCGAAUGAACAAGAGACCGAGAUUCAAAGAAAAAAAGUAAAUCAUUCAAAUGCGAUGUUCACUAAGUCCGAUUGAUAGUAGCCAUUGUCGACAUUAUUAAAGUGACCCGGUGGUUAGGGAUGUAAUUUUUUCUUUGAAGGAAUGAUUGAAUCGGUUUUAUGCAUCAAUUAUUGACUGUUUUUA